AUGAAUGGAUUUGUGAACAAGAGAAAUCGAGACCACGCAUACGAUUACAAGCUGAACGCGGUGUUCAUCACCGUGGUGUGCUGUAGCCCGGAGAAGAUCCGGGACAAGAUCAUCUGCAAGGGUGGCGACACGGUGCUGGGUGUCGAGAUCCUGCCCGAGAAGAAGCCACCGGAGAAGCCCAAGGAGGAGGAGAAGAAGCCCGAGAAACCCAAGGAGCCGGAGAAGCCCAAGGAGGAGAAGAAGCCUGAGAAACCCAAGGAGCCGGAGAAGCCGAAGGAGCCCGAAAAGAAACCUGAGAAGCCGAAGGAGUCCGAGAAGAAACCCGAGAAGCCCGAGGAGCCUGAGAAGAAACCCGAGAAGCCCAAGGAAAACCCCAAGCCGGCCCCCAAUCCAACACCGGAUCCUGCACCACAACAAAAAGUCCCCUCGCAGCCGGCCCCAGCACCGGUCGCUCCGAAGGCGCCGGAGCCAGCGCCAGGCUACCCGCCGAUGUCGAUGUAUCCGAUGAUGGGGGUGUGCUGGUGUCCAUGUUAUGAAAGGUGUGGUGGGGGACCGUGUUACUGUCAAGGGCAAGGGAGGCCGGUGAUGUGCUCUGAUGGAUGCGGAAGGCCGGAUUACGAGUGUCAAGGUGGGAGCAGGGCUUAUUGCGCAAGCCGAUGUGAUUACUUUAAUGAAGAAAAUGCCACUGGAUGUAUCGUCAUGUAAUCGAGUUCAAUAAUUCUCACGUUAAUUAUCAAACCUAAUAGGUCGGUGAUGGAUGCAUAAGUCAAUUUUGAGGGCCAUCUCGGGGUCAUUAUCUUUGUGGGUAUAGAAAUCUUAAUAAGGUUGGUGGUCUGGUAUAGCAUGGUAUGUGUGGUCAAAUAAUUGUUCAACACAUGACUAGUUACUUGUCGGUUUCUUUAUUUCAAUAAAACCUUAGUCCUUUUCACA